AAAAUCUUUGUCUCUUCUUCCUUCCAAAAAUCGAAAUGGCAGAAAAAGCUUCAGUCGAUACCCAAAACCAUUUUGAACUCAAUAACAUCUCUAUUAUUAACCCCGUGGACUCCAUUUAUCCAAGAGCAAAUGAUGAAAUCCCCACCUUCGAUUACUCUAUGCUUUGCUCUGAAGAUCCUGAAACAAGGUCUAAAACCCUCAUUGACCUCGACAAAGCAUUGACGGAGUAUGCCUGCUUCAAUUUGGUAAAUCAUGACUUACCAGAUAAAAUAAUUGAAGAUGCACUCAAAGGAAUUUCUGAUUUUUAUGAUCUGACUGAAGAAGAAAGAAAGGAGUAUCAGACAACGGAUCCAACGGAUAAGAUUAGAAGGUGCCUUUUCACCACUAAUGGUGAAAACAGAGAAUAUCUGACGGUGGUCACACACCCUCAGUUUCAUUGUCCAACAAAACCA